AUGACAACAGUUAUGCUACAGUCCAACAUUCCUUCCUCUACAGUCCAACAUUCCUCUACAGUCCAACAUCCCUUAAUCUAUGCCCCCGUCUCAAGCAUACCUUUUCCUACACUUUCCGACGUCGACCCCAUUCGUCAACCACCUUCCGCCCCCCACCCUCUUCCCCCUCCCCUCUUCUUCCCCCCUCCCCAAUUCGCCCCACUCCAGUUCGCCAACAACCCCCCAUCCGCUAACAUGAUCAUCCCCGUGCGCUGCUUCACGUGCGGCAAGGUGAUUGGCAACAAGUGGCAGAUCUACAUUGAACUCGUCAAGGAAAGCCUCUCGGAGGGCGAGGCCAUGGACCAUCUCAAGCUCACGCGAUAUUGCUGUCGCCGCAUGAUUCUCACUCACGUCGAGCUGAUCGAAAAGUUACUCAAUUACAACACCAACGGCGCUCAGUCGAGCGACGCGAGAAGAUGA